AUGUCGGAAAAUUAUGGCAACCAAGAUUUUGCUAUAGUUCCUGAGAUACUGCCAAAAAAUUCUACUGUUACCACUGAACUUAAUAUUAAUCAUGAUCUUAUGGAAACGGAAUUACCUAUUGCGAAAUUUGAAUUUGCAUCUGCUGACUGCCAGCAGAGGACAUCUUCCCCUGGUCAAAGUUUUGAAAUAUUUAACCAGCACUUUGUUCGUAACUCACUUCUGGACCUUACAAAUAUUUCGAUACCUAUUGUGCGACCCCGUCCUGCAGCAUUGCAUUCUUUACCAUUCGAUCAUUCCUCAACGGAAAAUAGCUCUAAAUGCUUGAAGUACUCGCAGUUCACCAACUCAUUACAUCGAGCAAAUCCGGAUAGAAGCCUUUCUUCACAAAUUAUGAGUGCGACAUCGAAUAAGAGUUGUUCAAGUGUUUCAAACGGAUCAAAUUAUUUUGGUGAUCAUAUCAGAACAAAGCAGUUGCAGUGUCAGCAUACUAAACGGCGUUCUGCUUUCAAAGCACUUCAAUUGAAAAACGUGCGGAGAACAUCAGGCGGCGAUAGUCCUGGGAAACUUUACAACUUACUUCCAAUUACUCGACGUAGCGGGACAGUUAGUGAACAUAGCGCCAUUGAGAAAUGUCGCGGCGAUGAUGAGGAUGAUAUUGAAAAUUUGGAAAAUGAAUUCAGUUUCCGAGCGCAUCUGCAAGGUACCAGUCGGAAUAGUUUGAUUUCCCCUUCACUACCGUCAACCUCAACCCCGAAUAAGUUGGAAUCUCGUUAUACAAAGCGUCGUAUACCGGACGAAACGGGUAGUAUUGGAAGUGCGAAAAAGGUGAAAGAAGAUGAGCCAAUGGAAGAAAGCGACAAUGGUAGGAUUAGUGAAAAUUUUGAAGAAGGAAUGGAUAUUGAUAUGUCUGAAUCAUCCCUAAGGAGUCGAGACAAAAGUGCAACUGAAGAUAGAGGUAAUUUGGACAAUGAAUCUGAAGAAGGAAAUAUUUCAUUUCCUUCAGCUAUGUUUAAUCGAUCUCAUUCAUCAAGUUUCCUGGAAACCGGCGACAACAAAGAACCUGAACCGCCCUCUCAUCUUGUCGUUAAAUAUGAGUUGGAUAUAAUUAAAAAUCCGGAUGUUGCUUCAAGUGCUUAUGCAUGUAUUAGUGCAGAAACUUUGGCUGAUCUGCUCAGGUCGAUGACAGAGGAAGAAUUUUCGGAACGAUUUAUACUUAUCGAUUGCCGCUAUCCGUUUGAGUUUGCGGGUGGACAUAUUCGAGGUGCUUAUAACUUAUUCGAUCCAGCUGAAAUUGAGACGGUUUUUUAUCCUAAUAAUAUCGAACUGCGAACAAAACUAAUGAAGAAAAAGCCGAUCUUCUAUUGCGAAUUCUCGCAAAAACGAGGACCUUCAAUAGCGUAUGAACUGCGUGCACUUGAUCGUAAAUUGAAUUUUGAAAGAUAUCCAAUGGUAGAUUAUCCAGAAAUGUAUUUGUUGGAGUAUGGUUAUCGCAAUUUCUACUUACGUUUUAGUAACACACCAGAUCUCAUUGAACCGAAUGGAUAUGUGGCAAUGAAUGAUGAAGCACAUAUAGAACAACUAAAGAAUUACAAAUACCAUCGUAUUAGAACAGUUGCUUCGGCGUAUCAUACAUUGGCAAGAGAUCGUUACAAUAGACAACGUAGGGGAGAGUUAAAUACAAAUACUAUGGAAGUUGAUGUAAACAUGAAAACGCCCACUCGUCAUGUGCUACCGAGGCGCUUAUUCAUCAGUUCACCCGAAUCUCCAUCACAGUUUCCAAGUACUCCCAAGAGCCGUCCUGUACGAGACAGAGGAGGAGAUGCACCAAGAAGGAGUACUUGUCGACGACUGUUUAGCGAUGAUGAUUUUAAAGGAAAUGAUCCGACUUCUAGUCCUAGUACUAGAGGUACUUCUUGA